CACACUGAGAAAUUGCAUUCAUUCACCCUUGAUCUUUGACUCUCGUGCUGUCAUCACUGCCAACAACUCGGGCUCAGGAACCAUGUUCGUGACGAGAUUUGUCGGGAGGAGAUUUAUGGCGGCGGGCGCCNCUACCACGAGAACGGAGUCGACUGCCGCGGCGGCUGCUUCUACUGGGCGGACGGCGAAAAACCCUCUCGAGGAGUUCUUCGAGGUGGAUAGAAGCCAGGAAGAAGACAAGCCCAUUGUAUACGGUCGAAGCUGGAAAGCGUCAGAACUGCGCCUCAAGUCAUGGGAUGAUCUUCAUAAGCUAUGGUAUGUUCUUCUGAAAGAGAAGAACAUGCUGAUGACUCAGCGUCAAAUGCUUCAGGCACAGAACCUGCGAUUUCCAAACCCUGAACGUCUUCCUAAGGUGAGGAAAUCAAUGUGCCGGAUAAAGCAUGUGCUGACAGAGAGGGCACUUGCCGAGCCAGAUCCUAGAAGAUGUGCUGAGAUGCGGAGAAUGGUAAACGCGUUGUGAUCACUUGUUUCGAUAUUCGGCCUUGCAAUUCAGACUCUUCAGAUGCUUAGGGGUUCUGAUUCUGAUAUAUGAUAUCUUCUUGAAAUGAGUAACUCUCUGGUUUUUUCCUUGAGCCGCUGCUGCUUCCCUGUUAAGGUAAAAGGAUAAACCGCUGGAAAUGGUUUUUUUUUUCUUUUUUUUUUUUGGAGAGCUUUAGAACGUAUCUGUGUUGUUGGCUUUUCUGAUGUUCGAUGUGUAGAACAUGAAAUUGUUGUCCUAAGAUUUGGCAAUGGGUCGCCUGGAGACAGAAAAAAGAGGCCAAGACCCUCUGUCUGUGUUAGAGACUCUCCACCCAUGGUAUGAAAAUUCUAGAGUGGGACGAAUAUAUUUUCAUUGUCGUUUCCUAA